AUGGCGGAAUCGAAGAAGCCGAAUGUGUUAUACAUCAUGGCAGACCAGAUGGCUGCCCCUCUGCUGUCCAUCUAUAACUCAUCUUCCGUCAUCAAGACCCCGAAUCUCGACCGUCUAGCUAAAGAGGGCGUCGUCUUCGACUCGGCGUACUGUAACUCACCUCUAUGUGCGCCAUCUCGCUUCACCAUGGUCUCUGGCCAGCUUCCUUCUCGCAUUGGAGGCUACGACAACGCCAGUGACCUCCCCGCAGACACUCCCACGUACGCCCACUAUCUUAGAGACCAGGGCUAUCACACUGCUCUGUCCGGCAAGAUGCACUUCUGUGGUCCGGACCAGCUGCAUGGCUAUGAGGAGCGCUUGACCAGUGACAUCUAUCCUGGUGAUUAUGGCUGGUCUGUGAAUUGGGAUGAACCUGAUGUCCACAAAGACUGGUAUCAUGACAUGUCCUCUGUGAUGGAGGCCGGCCCCUGUGUGCGAACCAACCAGCUUGACUUUGAUGAUGAGGUUAUCUACAAGGCCAAACAGUACCUGUACGAUCAUGCCCGGCACCGUAAGGACCAGCCGUUCUGCCUCACGGUCUCGAUGACACACCCACACGACCCGUAUGCCAUGACACAGGAGUUCUGGGACCUUUACGAAGGCGUCGACAUCCCAUUGCCCACGACCGCGGCCCUCGACCAUGCCAAGCAGGAUCCUCACUCCCUCCGCAUCCUGAAGAUAAUUGGCCUCCUGGGCAAGGAGAUCCCAGACGAGCGUAUCCGCGCCGCUCGCCGCGCCUAUUUUGCCGCCUGCAGCUACGUCGACACCCAGAUCGGGGCUCUCCUGACCACGCUGAAGAACUGUGCCCUGGACGAGAACACCAUCGUCGUCUUCUCCGGCGACCAUGGAGACAUGCUUGGCGAAAGAGGGAUGUGGUACAAGAUGUCCUGGUUCGAGAUGUCGGCUCGUGUCCCCAUGCUCGUGCACGCCCCGGGACGCUUCAAGCCCAAGCGAGUGAAGGAGAAUGUCUCGACGAUGGACCUGCUGCCGACCUUCGUGGCCAUGACCGGCGGCUCGCUGUAUCCUGGCUUGCCCAUCGACGGCGUCUCGCUUAUGCCGUACCUUGCGGACGACGACGCUCCCGGAGAGAAGACAGACACCGUGCUGGGCGAGUACAUGGGCGAGGGCACGCUGGCGCCGCUGGUGAUGAUCCGUCGAGGCCCCUGGAAGUUCGUCUACUCGCCCAUCGACCCUCCGCAGCUCUACAACGUCGAGCAGGAUCCGACUGAGUCUACCAACCUCGUCGCCAACAUGGCACUACCAGCACUCUCGGACAACUCUUCCAGCGGCGUCACUGGCCCUGCUGCUCUGCCUACGCCUCCCACCGAAUCCCCUCCGGUGCUGAAGAACCCAGCGGCUGCCUCAGCCCCGUCAGCUCUCAGCUCCGUCCCAAGUCCCCCCGUGAUAGGCAAAAAGGCCGCUGCUCCUACGGCCGCAGAGAUCACCUCGGCCACGGCCACCAACGACAUUACUUCUCUGUUCAAGGCGUUCUUGCAAGAAGUUCAUACCCGCUGGGACUUUGACCGGAUCCAGCAGCAGGUUCUUAACUCCCAGCGCAGAAGACGUCUGGUCUACUCUGCCCUCAGCAAGGGGCGCGUCACUACCUGGGACCACACUCACAUCGUCGAGGGAAGCUCCGUCUUCAUUCGAAACCACGGUAAAGGCCCCUUGGGUGAUGUUGAAACCGUCAGCCGCCUGCAUGUCCCCGUCUCCGUUGGCCGCGAAGUGCAGUACCGUCCUCAGUAG